UCAGACAUUAAUUCUGAUCUCAAUUCAAUGGCUUCCACUUCUUCCUUAGCCCUCGUUCCUUCUCCUAUGGCUAACUAUGACAUCUUUCUAAGCUUUAGAGGCGAAGAUACUCGUCAUUCUUUUACCGAUCAUCUCUAUGCCGCAUUAAUCCGAGCAGGAAUUUCCGCUUUUAGGGAUAAUGAUGAAAUCAGUAGAGGUGAAGACCUCAAACCGGAAAUCGAGACAGCAAUCACAGCAUCGAAGGGCUCGAUAGUUGUAUUGUCUAAGAAUUAUGCAACUUCAACAUGGUGCCUCGAUGAGCUUUGGUUGAUCCUUGAGCGAAGGAGGGAGUUCGAUCAUUUNGUAUUUUAUCAUGUUGAUCCCUCUCAUGUUAGAAAGCAAGAUAAUACUUUCAAGAUACAAGUUAAAACCUCUUCAAAGUGGACGGAUGAUAACGUGAAACGAUGGAGACAAGCCCUUACGAAGGUUGCCGAAUUGUCAGGCUUGGUUCUUUCAGGGUCAGAAACAGAGUUUUUGAAGAAAAUCAUUGAUAACGUUUACUAUAAAGUUGGUCACAAAAUAGUUAAUCUUCCACGCAAUCUAACAGGGAUGAAUGCUCGAGAUAAAGAUAUUAAUUCCUGGUUAAAGCAAUCCGACAGCAAAGUUCUAAUAAUUUGUGGCAUGGGAGGAAGUGGCAAGACCACGUUGGCCGAGUACAUUGUCUCUUCAAAUCGGCAACAUUUUGAAAUCAUUAGCAUUUUAAAAAACAUGGGUAGUAUACAUAAAAAACAAGGUAAUAUUGAUGUGUUAAUCCAACAAUUUUCCAAAGAUAUUGUAGGAGAGGGGAAACCCCAAACAUUGUGCGAGCGCUAUUACAUAGAUAGAGUUUUAGAAAGGAAAAAGGCACUUAUUGUUUUUGAUGACAUUGAUGAACCAAGACCAYUGGAAAAAUUUAUCAAUUUCCAGAAAAUUAAUGAAAAAAGCAAAAUUAUAAUGACAACCCGGAACAAUAAUACACAUAAUUGGUUUAGGACUAGAACUUGGAGUUGUCAUGAGUAUAAGAUGACAUUACUAGAUGAUGAAGAAGCAUUAGAGCUCCUAAGUCUUCAUGCCUUUGGAUUCAAAAUUCCGAUGGACGGUUAUGAGGAACUUACAAAAGAGGUGCUACAGUAUUGUGAAGGAAAUCCACUGGCUCUUGAAGUGUUGGGUUCCUCUUUAUCAGAGGAUAUUAGCAUCCUAUUUUGGAGAAAUACAUUGGAUUUAUUGAAAAGAGAUAUGAAUUCUGGAAUCCAACAUGUACUCAUAAGGAGCUAUGACUCAUUGCCAGAUAGAAAUAGCAAAGAGUUGUUUUUACAUAUUGCUUGUUUCUUUGUUGGCGAAGACAAGGAUUAUGUGGAAAAAAUAUUGGAGCUUGAUUAUUGUGCAUCAUCUGGGAUCAAAGUCCUAACCAAUAGAUGUCUUCUUUCUGUGUCACCAAACAACAAACUGAUGGUGCAUCAAUUGAUUCAAGAGAUGGGGAAAAGCAUAAUCAGUGAAGAAUCAAAACGCCCUGUAGAACGUAGUAGAGUUUGGCGUAGUAUUGAAUCUUACAAGAUCUUGCACAAAGGAGAGGGUUCCAAAACAAUGGAAGGUCUAGCACUUGAUAUGCAAGUUUUGCGGGAUGAUAAUCCGCAAAUUUUGACGUCUUUAGAUCUUAAGACAGAUUCACUUACAAAAAUGGAUAACCUAAAAUUGCUCCACCUAAAUGAUGUGCAUCUCACUGGAUCCUACGAGGAUUUUUCAGAAGAUUUAAGAUGGCUAUGCUGGCGUCAGUUCGAUCUAAGAGCCAUACCCUCCGGCUUAUUCUUCAAAAGCUUGGUGGCUAUAGAUAUGCGAGAUAGCAAGUUGAAAGUUCUUCCAUUACUCAAGACUCUAAAUCUUCAAUCCUCCAAGUCUUUGUCCGCAAUCCGUAGUAUCUACCGACUCCCUAAUAUUGAGACUUUGCUUCUUUGUCAAUGUUAUGAACUGGUUGAUGUUUGUAAAACCAUUGGAGACCUAAUGAAUCUUGCUCUAUUGGACAUGUCAGAGUGUCCAAAGCUCAAUAGGAAAUUGAUUCGUUUUUCUUCUAGAGAAAGA